AUGCCGAAUUGUGAUGGUCUGGACAACCAUUCCUGUGCCAUUGACUAUACGACGUCCCUAGAAAACAAUAACAAUGGCAUUAGAACAAAAGACAAUUUUAUCUUUACCUCCUUUGUCGAACCCAUGAGGGUACGGCCACAAACCCCCAUCCGGAAUGUAAGCGCAAAUUCCGAGGUGGAAGCGAGUGAAGAAAGUGAUAAUUCAAAAAUGAAAAAUUUCAGCGACAACAAAAAGCAUACGCCAAGGCCACCGAACGCCUUUAUCCUUUAUCGACGUGCGAAACAGUCCGAGGUGACAGCCGAUAAAGGAAAUAUUUCCAACGCCAUGAUCUCUAAGAUUCUAUCAAGAUUAUGGAAAAAUGAAAAUGAGGAAAAACGUCGCAAAUCCGACUCUAUUGAGUCUAAUCUUUCUGCUCGCAAAACCAUCACCCCAACACCUACCGCCACACUCAUCUCUCCUCAAAUUCCUUCUCCCACACCACCACAAUCAACCGAAAUCUAUCAUAACACAACAACGGUAGAAGAAUUGCCUCUUAAUAAUGAUUUUUUGUGGAACUCGUAUGGUCCGCAAUAUGAUGGGACCAUUCCCAUUCCCAUUUCAACUAUUUCAACUCAAUAUGAUGAAAUGUCGAUGCAAAAUAUCUAUGAGAACUUUCCGAUCAAUUAUUUCACGGAUGAAACUUAUCCGUUUUACUAUCAACCUUAUGAUGAUAUGCCUGGUUCUUAUAUCUAA